AUGGACAGUGUGAAAGUCUGUGUGAUACUGUUUGCCACAGGCUGUGUCUUGCCCAUGUGCAUGGCUUUAAACUGUAAAUGGAAGACACAGUAUGAAUACAAGGGGAGAUGUUGUCAAAUCUGCCCUUCAGGUGAAUUUCCCAGGCAACACUGCACAGAAAACAAUCAGACUGUAUGUGAGAAGUGCGAGAAUAAACAUAACCACUGCUUCUGUAAUAAUAAUUUGUGUGAAAAUGAUGAUUGUUCUCGCUGUGUAACCAGUCCACGGUGCAGACGGGGAGAAGAACUCAGGAGACUGGGUUCAUUUGAAUUUGACUAUAUAUGUAAACCAUGUCUGAACCAAACAUACAACGAUGAGGAGGACAAAAUGUGCAAGCCUAUGUUGGACUGCAGAAAAUGUGGUUUUCGUGUAAUAUUUCCUGGAAACAGCACUCACAAUGCAAUAUGUGCACCCCAAGAAACAGCGACUGAGUCUGGUGUAACAACAGGCCCCUCAUCUGUUACCGUGGGCAAGAGACAAGUCAGUUAUCAUGAUGGCCCGGUGGUGUGUUUAGCCAUCACUAAUUUGGUUAGCCUGGCAAUGCUUAUUUAUUUCUGCAUUCAAAGGACCAGGGUACAGAAAACAAAGAAAAAAUACCCUCCGACCUCAAGUUCCCUGAAAUUUCCCUCUGAUGAAUGUGUCUGCAAGCUGUCUAAAGAAGAAAUAGGAGAAGUGCACCCUUAACAGUUUCAGCUACAUCAACUCAAACAGCUAUAAAGUCUGGAUAAUGAACCAAUGAUUCUAAAGCUUUAGGUAGGAACUGUUGCAUGUGAAUAACAGCCAGUAGUUCCAUGGUAUGAUUCCUUAAACCAGACUAUUCACUCAUGGAUCUGCAGUGGGGAAAUUAACUUCUCAAUUCUGCACAUUACUUCACAGUUUUCAACAAAUCCCUAAAGACCCAACUACUGUAAAAACACCUGAACUCUGAUGCAAAACCAUAUUUACUUCUCUGCUUGUGUAUUUAUGUUCUAUUUGCUAAUAUUGUUUCAAAUCUAUACCAGGUUAUUUUGAACUUGGUCACAAAAUUAGUAUGCAUCAUUAGAUGAUGAGUGUGUAUAAUUUUUUUUUUUUUACUGUUUUGUGAUGAAUGUUUGUAGCACUCUUACAGACUAGCACUUACCUCCAUUGUGUUUAGUUUUCUUCUUACAGAUGCCUUGCACUUGUUUCUGCCAAAUAAAUGUACACAAAUGUAACAAAUUUAUUAUUAAGAAUAUAAAUAAUUAGUAAUGGUAGUGAUAUUACAUAAAUGUAAUUAAAGAGUAAAUGUAAGUGAACAGGAUUGUGGUGUAGUGGUUAGCACUGUCACCUCACAGCAAGAAGGUUCUGGGUUUGAGCCCAGUGGCCGGCGGGGGCCUUUCUGCAUGGAGUUUGCAUGUUCUCCCCAUGUCUGCGUGGCUUUCCUCCGGGUGCUCUGGUUUCCCCCACAGUCCAAAGACACGCAGGUUAGGCUAAUUGAUGGCUCUAAUUUGACCGUAGGUGUGAGUGUGAAUGGUUGUUUGUCUCUGUGUCAGUCCUGUGAUGCUCUGGUGACUUGUCCAGGGUGUACCUUGCGUCUUGCCCAUAGUCAACUGGGAUAGGCUUCAUCUUGCCUGUGACCCUGCACAGAAUAAGCGGUUACAGAUAAUGGAUGGAUGGAUAUAAGUAAACAUUGAUUAGUUGUAUCUUUGGGUAAUUUGAAGUAUUUGGUGUUCAAACUGUUUGCUGGGAUAAAAGAAGGGUAUUCCAGAAUACUUUAAAGACACAUUUUAGUGUAAAUAAUCUGAUAAUCUGUAAUUAACCAGAAUUGUCUGCAGUAAGCAUAAAACUGAAAUGUCAAAGACCAUUAGAAACACUUGAGAAUUCUGUAUACUGUAAAUAUAUUGAUAAAUAGCACCCACAGAGGAAGAAGGGCUCCCUAAACCCUAAUUUAACCCUUUUUUUUAUUUUAUCAGUUGUUUCUGUGAUAUUAGCUACUGUGUUGGCUAUAAUAAACUAUUGUAAUAAACACUUGUAUUACUUUUCACUGACACUUUCUUUAAUUGUUAUUAAUAUUUGUAAAAAUGUCUUUCCAAGUUAUGUUAUGAUGAUGGAUGUUGCAGCUACAGUGCAUAGUGUCUUCACAUUUCUACUUUUUAUAAUUUUACAACCUGAAACUGAAAUGGACCUAACUAGGAUUAGACAUCAUUCUACACAAAAUAGCCCAUAAUAAUAAAAUAUAUAUCAAAAUUUUCUCUCUCUCUUUCUCUCUGUUUGGCAUAUCACUACAGUGAUGUGGCCACUCUGACAGCUUUUUUUUCCAGCCAUCAAUAUUUCUAGGGAAGGUUACAGUUGUGGUUUCCUAUUGCCUUCUACUGGAUUAUUAUGGCCCUUUUCCACUACCCUUUUUCAGCUCGCUUCAGCUCACUUCAGCCCGACACGGCUCGCGUUUCGACUAUCUAAGAACAGCACGACUCAGCUCGCUUCAGCCCUGCUUAGCCCCCAAAACUCGCACGGUUUUGGAGUAGGGCUGAAGCGAGCCAAACCGAGCCGAGUGGGGCUAGGGGCGUGAGCAGACACUCCCCUGUGCACUGAUUGGUGAGGAGGAGUGUCCUCACAUGCCCACACACGCCCCGCGAGCACGCUGGGAUCUGUAAACACCGUAAACCCGGAAGAAGGAGAACUACGAAUUACGAGAAUUAUGAAGCCUUAUGCGCCUCGCCUCAUCUAUACGCUCUUGCCAGUAUCUGUUGGCGUUGUCGGUGACAACAAGCCACAGCAGCACUAACGACUCCAUGUCCUCCAUGUUUAUUGUUUACUAUCCGGGUCGUGAGACUACCGCUUAAAAGAUCACUGAUGUCACUGUUUGCGCCGCCUAACGACAUCACCUGACGUCCACCCACUUUCGCUAACUCCACCCAAUGUGUCCACCCACUUCCAGCCAGCACGGUUCAGCGCGGUUGUAGUCGAAACGCAACUCCAACAGCCCCGCUCAGCUCGACUCAGCCCGACUGAGCAUGGCACAGCUCAGCCCAACUCAGCUGCGUUGGUAGUGGAAAAGCGGCAUUAGAGGUUUUCUCCUCUCAACCAUUCACACCUAUGGGCAAUUUACAGUAGCCAGUUAACUUAACUGCAUAUUUUUGGACUGGGGGGGGACAAGAGCACCGGAAACCCACACAGAUACAGGGAGAAUAUGCAAACUCCACACAGAAAGUCCCCUGUCAGCCGUGAGGUGCAAACUCGGAACCUCCCUGCUGUGAGAUAACUGUGCGAACUACUGCACCACCACACCGCCCAAAUCAAAAUUAUUUAAUGUAAAAUGUAAAUAUUGCAUAAGUAGUCACUCCUCUUUCUGUGAAAUGCCUGAAUAGUUUUUGUGCAAACAGUUGGCUUUAGAAGUCAAAUAAAUAGAUGAAUUGA